CCCCUCUUUCAGCCCUGGAAAUACUGUAUCUUAGCGAAAACCACGACUGUCGUAUUGAUAUGUGACAACCUCCGGCUACAAUUACCUCGUCGAAUCAACCAGGAAUAAGUCUUCAAAACCCAAUUCGAGACACAUCAUUCUUCGCAUCGACCUUCCAUUUGGACGCCACGACGGUAAUGCUUGACUCAACAUGUCUUCGGCGCCUCCAGAAAUGGAUAUCCGUCGAUGGUAUAUCCUGACGUGCUUGCGUCUCCAAAACUCUUCUAUCCCGGCAGCUUCGAUCCUUUUCUUCAAUUACCAUUCUUUUACGACCUCGUUGAUACCCAUACAACUUCACCAUCACAAUGGCUCCCGCUAUCGUUUCCGACAUUGAGCUCCCGGCCCAUGUGCCCGAGACCAGAGGAACACCCGCCUCAAAAGCAUCAACGUCCAAGCUCUUCUCUCUGGAAAACAAGACUGUCGCUAUCACAGGCGGAGCUCGCGGUCUGGGUAUCACACUUGCCAUUGCUGUCGUCGAAGCCGGCGGUAGCGUAGCUUGCCUCGAUAUUCUCGAGGAGCCAUCACCAGCUGAGUGGGCACAGCUCAACAAGAUCGCCACAGCGAACAAGGCUUCUGUCUCAUACCGAAAAUGCGACGUCACAGAAGAGCAGUCCGUCGAGACAGCGAUGAAGGAGAUCGCUGCUGAGGCUGACCAGUCUGGAGCGCCUUUCUGGGGAACAAUUGCUUGUGCCGGCAUCCAGCAACAAAUUGCUGCGCUGGACUACCCAGCUGCCGACUUUGACCGUAUCCUACGAGUCAAUGUAACCGGUGUUUUUAACACUUGCAAGUAUGCUGCACGCGUUCUGCGAGAGAAGAACAGCCCUGGAAGCAUCGUCAUUAUUGGAAGCAUGUCAGGCAAUAUUGCUAACCGAGGCCUCUCUUGCACAGCUUACAACUCCAGCAAGGCUGCUGUUCAGCAAAUGUGUCGAUCGGUCGCUCAAGAAUGGGGUCAGUACGGUAUUAGAGUCAACACGUUGUCUCCCGGAUACAUUAGAACUGCCAUGACGGAUCAGUUGCUUCAAGAGAACCCUGAGGUUGAGAAAACAUGGAUGGCGGGUGCGUUGUUGGGUCGCCUUGGUGCCCCUGAAGACUUCAAGGCCCCAGCUGUAUUCCUGCUGUCUGAGGGUGCUUCCUUCGUUCAUGGAACGGAUUUGAGGGUCGAUGGAGGACAUUGCGCAUCUGCAUGAUUGAUUAGAGCGUUCGUUAAUAUGAGAAACUUUACGAUUUGA